AUAAACUUUAUUUUUUUUAUACAAAAUUAUUGGUGUAUACAAAGUGUCCAUUCUGUCACAGCGACCUUAUUGGUGGGACAUCGUUAGUGGCUUGAAAAAUACUUGACGAUACGGUACAAUCAGUUGUCUGCUGAGUGCUGCCUACACAGGAACGAGAAAAGGAACUAGUUCCUUUCUUCAAGACAGGAAUGGUAAAGGAUUUAGUUCCUUUUUAGCAAGAUGAAUGUGAACGUGAACGAGUUCCUUUUUUAAAGGAACUUUCCAAGCACUGGGCAAUACUACAAUUACAUACUACAACUUAUGCUAUCAUCGAUUAUAAACAGGAUCGAAGCAAUAAAGGGAGAUAACAGUCACUUUUUAUGUAAUGCGGCUGCCCAUCGGCAAUGCCUUAUUUAUCGACGGCCCGGGAGAACGACCACAGCGAUAGUAAACUGAAAUUAUUCAACGGUCUCUUUCGAUGGAAAAAAUCCGAAAAAGAAAAAGCUAGGCAGUUAAGUAAAAGUGAAGUUUGCAUAGCUACUGCGAUGUCUGUAAAAACAAGAAAUUCAUGUCCUGCGUCUCCUGCUCUUUCCAUACCCAGAUCAAGAGAUGUUUUCCAAGACAUGGAAGCGUUAAAAAUGUCUAGGCACGACAAUCCAUACUUACAGAAAAAAAUUUUAGCAAGCAGAGAGAGUUUAUUAGACGAUAAUAUUGUAUCAGAAACAGAUGAUAUAGAAGUCAUGGCUCAGGAAUAUUUAGCUGAUAUGGGUCCAGGCGCUCUGGUAGAGCUUCAUCAGCACAUGGUGAGAAGUCCUCCUCCAACUACGUGGCCACGUAUUCCUAUAUUUAAAUAUGACGAAAAAAACCAUACCCAAGAACUCUAUGGAGAUAGAUGUAAAAGCCCUCAAACCCGGUCGCUCUUUCAGAGCUCCUGUUCAAGUAGCUCUUCAAGUUGUGUUGUUUCACCAAGAUAUAAUCAUCAAUCUCGGUGUCAUCGAUCGGCUAGUGAAUCUCGAGACCAAGAAAAAGGAAGCAUAAGUUCACUUUUUAAUCCAUCGACACUGAUUUCAUUAACUGAUAUAUAUCGUCUACAUAAUCGUACAUCCGAAGAAAAUCAAAAGCUUGUAUAAAAGUUCUGCUAUUAUGUCUAUGUAUGUAUCCUGACAGUUUUAUGUUAUAUGUAAAAAAAAUGUUGAUAGAUUAAAUACUGAAAGAAUUGUAAUAUUCAAUUCGUAAGGGCAAUAUGAAAAAUUAUGAGUAGUAAACUAAUAUUAAUUACUUACAAUAUAUAGGGUAUGUUAAUA